AUGAAUGACGCAUGGGAGGGAGUUUCUGUCAGUUCAUCUCAAAUGUUAAAAUGGAAGAAAAUUGUAAAUACCACAGGCCCCACUCCGAGGCCUCGUCAUGGACAUCGAGCAGUUUCAAUUAAGGAUUUAAUGAUAGUUUUUGGUGGUGGCAAUGAAGGCAUUAUUGAUGAACUCCAUAUCUAUAAUACGGUAACUAAUCAGUGGUUUGUACCGUCUGUGAAAGGAGACAUCCCUCAUGGGUGUGCAGCUUAUGGCCUCCAAAAAUAUUCAGGCGAUCUUUUUGAACUUCUUGCCACGACAUGGGAAUGGAAACGCCUGCAUCCUCGACCACCGACUACUGGACAGCCUGCUCCAUGUGCUCGUUUGGGUCAUUCUUUCACACUUGCAUCAGAUCGGGUUUGUUACAUUUUCGGUGGUAUGACGAACGUGAGUGAAGACCCGAAACAUAAUGUCGCUCGCUAUUUAAAUGAUUUGUAUUCUUUGGAUCUCAAUAAAUCGAGAAGUGAGUUGGUAUGGGAAUGCCCUGAUACAUUUGGGUCUCCUCCAUCUCCUCGUGAAUCACAUUCAGCAGUAAUAGUUGAAAAUGAUAGUAAUCAUCGGAAAAUGAUAGUAUUUGGUGGCAUGAAUGGCUGCCGACUUGGUGAUUUGUGGAUUUUAGAUCUUAUCUCAAUGACGUGGACAAAACCGGAAAUAGGUGGGAUUCCUCCAUUGCCACGUUCUCUUCAUUCUGCCAAUGUGGUAUCUAAAAGAAUGAUCGUAUUCGGAGGAUGGGUGCCUUUAUUCACUCCAGAUACAAGGAAUCAGCAAGUUGAGAAAGAAUGGAAGUGCACGAACACACUUGCUUCGCUCAAUUUAAGCACAAUGUGUUGGGAUGAUGUAUCAACGGAACUUCUUGAAUCUGCUAUGCCCAGAGCACGGGCAGGUCACAGUGCAGUCGUUAUCAACAAACGUUUAUACAUUUGGUCGGGAAGAGAUGGAUAUCGUAAAGCUUGGAAUUAUCAGGUGUGCUGUAAAGAUAUGUGGUACUUAGAAACAGAUAAACCUGAUACCCCGGGCCCUGUGCAACUUGUUCGUUCCACGCCAUCAGGAUUGGAAGUAUGUUGGGAUGCUGUACCUAAUGCGGACGCAUAUUUUUUGCAGUUGCGCAAAUGUGAACCAAAAACUGAAAACACCGAAUCUGAAACAUCUCUUGUUGUUCAAUCUCGCAACAAAAAUGCGGAGUCAGUGACUAAAGCUACGGACCACGCGCCAUCGAUUUCUACACAAGGAACAACAUAUACUACUCCAGUGAUACCAAACGUUGAUGUUCGUAAAACGUUUAUCAAUCCACUAAGAAGUUAUCUGAAAAAAAUUCCGCUCGAACCUGGAGCCACCUACCAAUUUCGUGUCGCUUCUGUUAAUGCGUGUGGUCGAGGGAAUUGGUCAGAGGUAGCCGCAUUUAGAACGUCUCUACCUGGUUUUCAUAGUGCCCCUUGUAACAUCAAAGUGAGUAAAGUUCCAGACGGAGCAUACCUUGCAUGGGAUCCACCACAGAUUAUUUCUGGUAAAGUACUGGAGUAUGGUGUAUAUCUCGCAGUUCGCGAUUUCCAUGAUUCCGAAGAUAAUCAUUAUGUUUUUACUCGCGUUUACUACGGUUCUGAUCGAUUUUGUGUUGUCCCCUUUAAUCAUUUAUAUGCUGCGUACAUCGAUAAAUCUAUCAAACCGGCAUUCAUAUUUCGAAUCGCUGCCCAUAAUGAAAAAGGAUAUGGACCAGCAACUCAAGUACGAUGGCUUCAGGAAGGAUAUUUAGAGAGAAUGAAUACUGCUGGAGGAGUUAGUAAUCCUGCUGGUCAUCGUAAUUUAUUGAGGAGAUCAGUAUCUGGUCAAGGGCACGUGAUUCCUAGUAAAAGAUUUCGACUCGGUUGA